GUUGGGAUUGUCGCUCGUUUUAAAACAGUUACAUUUAUGAGCGUUUUCUUCCCUCCGCCAGCCUCAGCUUAAACCUAAGUGUCGCCACCGAAUGACUGUAAGCUGGUGAAGUGAGCGGCUGCGACGGACUGCUUUGGAGAAGAUGUCUCACAGACGUGUUCCGACGUAGGGGGAGUGUGCAGCUAGCUCGGUGAGUGGAGGGCUGUGGGCCCUCCUCAGCCUAAAGUAGCUGCUGCAGCUGGGCAAUACACUCUGCGACAGCGGGUGUUUGACAACUGCACAGCCGGGAGACUAGCAGGCCGGUCCGGACUGACGGAAAACUCUGCGUCAGUCACCGUACAGGCUGCUGGGGUCAGUGACUGGAGCCGCAUUGCUUCGUGUCGUUACGUUAUGAGCUCAUGAAACGCAACAGGAGACCGACAGAAGAAGAGGGAUGGCGCAGAUUCAUCUCGACUACAGUUAGCCAGGCGAAGUAAAACAGAUGCAAGUGUGCUGUUUUGAUAUGAUUUAACGUUUUGGAAGCUGCAGCCAGCUCUUCCCCCCUUUUUUGACGGAGGAUAAACAUAGCCAUACGAGACUUGGAAGCAAGGCUGCCAAAAUGUCGAAAAUGCCGGCCAAGAAGAAGAGCUGCUUUCAGAUCACCAGUGUGACACAGGCCCAGGUGGCGGCUAUAGGUACCGCCGACGACACGGAGAGCCUGGACGAUCCAGACGAAUCACGGACUGAAGAUGUGUCGUCGGAAAUAUAUGACAUGUCACGGGCUGAGUACGAGCCAGCGUGUGACAGAAGUUCAUCUGAAGAAGCCCUGAAUAAUGUUGGAGAGCCAGAGGCGACCGGCGUUAUGGCUCCAUCACACAUACCUCAAGCCGGGCAGUUACCUGCGCUUUCAAGCAACCCCGUUGGGGAGUUUCGAAAAGUGGGAGUGCUGGGCACAACUCACGGUGGUCAGCAUCAGCCUCCGGGUGUUGGCGUUACUCAGCCUGGGGCAAUGCAGCAACAGCCUGCACCACCAGCUAGUGUGACAGUAAACACAUCCCAACCAGCCACACUGACCAGUUCAGCUCCUCCUCCCCCUGCCACCUCCACGGUGAGCUGCACUUCACGCUUCAGGGUCAUUAAACUCGAUCAUGGUACUGGAGAACCCUUUCGGAGAGGCAGGUGGACGUGCACAGAGUUUUAUGAGAAAGACUCUGAGAGUUCUGUAGUUAGUAGGACUGUAGACAGCAUUAGACAUGCCAGUGCAACACUGGACCCUGCUGCUGUGGACAGAGACAGUGGGCUCGGGCAUACAGGAGGCUCUGUGGUUGCCUUGGCAACACAGUCAGGUCAGGGCUUGGGCUCCAUGGCGGAUGCUUCACUCUCUUCAACCCGCAUGCAUUCAGUGGAGACACUACCGCAGCAGCAACAGAUCCAUCAGCAAAACUACAUCACCCGGCAGCAGGGUGGUAGUGGGUCAGCUGUCCCACAGCAGCAGGCUCAGACAAACGUGGGAAGUCUCCAGCCCUCUGUGCCCCAGAGUGUGCUGCCUGUUGGACAAAAUGGCCUGCCUCAGUCUGCUCUCCAAAUACAGAAGUCCCCCAUCAUGCCCCCUUCAGCCCACCCUGGCGCUUACCUUCCCCAGCAGCAGCAGCAGCAGCUCCCCAUGGGGCACCACCUGACCAGCCAGACACCUGGAUUGAUACAGAACCAGACGGAGUACUAUCAGCAGCAGCAGCCAGCUUCCAUGCAGCCUGGGCUUCCCACUGGCCAGUCACUUUUAGUAUCUAGUCUGUCUACAGGACUACAGAAUGUGGGACAAGGACCCUCUUUGGUCAUGCCUCCAGCCUCUGUAGGGGCUUCAGUGCCAAGUCAGGUGGGAGAUGUUGCUGGAGGAGGAGGAGGCUCCUUACAUACACCGGGCCUCUUGCAGCAGCAGAUUGGAGGAAUGGGAGGCGUUCUAGGCUCCAUACUGGUUGGAGGAAUCGCUUUGCAGCAGCAGACUAUUGGUCAGUAUGCCGCCGCUGGACAGCCUCAACCGCACGGCCUCCACCCCGCCACAUCCUCCGGUGUACAAAAUGUGCCUGCCAUUGCAGCGAGCUCCAGUGUGCCCACCACUGCGCCCGCUGCUAUGCCCAGUGCCUCCAGUGCAGCAAUGCCAAAUGUGUUGACUUCCAGUUUGCCAGCUCAUAUACUCCAUGGCAAGAUCCCAGGGGCUUUGGGGGCACAGGGCCUCCCAGCAACUGGGUUUGGAGCGGUGGAGGGCGGCAGCGGAAGGAAGUCAGAGGGUCUCUUCAAUGCACAUUCUCCUGUUGUCCCCGGGAAGGAAGCGGCGAAGCCCUUCAUGCCCGAGGGCCUGCAGCUCGCCACUCCGAAUGUCAACAGCCUGUUUGGAAUCAUACCUGUCGACGGGGAUGAGGACAGUGCCUCUGGAACCAAUGUUGUUGCCAUUGAUAAUAAAAUUGAACAGGCAAUGGACCUGGUGAAAAGCCAUCUGAUGUAUGCGGUGCGUGAAGAGGUGGAGGUCUUAAAGGAGCAGAUCAAGGAGCUGUUUGAGAGGAACUCUGUGCUGGAGAGGGAGAACGCUGUGUUGAAAUCUCUGGCCAACAGCGAGCAGCUGUCUCAGCUGCCCGCCCAGUCGGCCACCAGCUCCGGCACCACGCCCCCCCUGCAAGGACUCAGCCAGCCUCAGGCGCUGUCCCAGCAACAGGCGCUGUCCCAGCAACAGGCCCAGCCUCCGCUUCAAGCUCAGCCGCAGCCACAGUCGCACCCCCAGCUCCAACCCCACCCCAAACCCCAGCAGCUCCAGACUCAACUCGAUCCUGGCCAACAGCUGCAACCCAACGUCACCUCCGCUUGAAGUGCAUCUGCCCUGCUUCCCUUAGGGCAGAAAAAAAGAAGAGCAUCUUCUCUACAACUUAUUACAAAUAGUGUAUGUGAAAUUAAAAAGAAGGAAAAAAAAACAUUGUCUUCUUAGCCACCAGCUUGACCACAAAGUACAGUGCUUGUGUGUAUGUGUGUGUGCGCGUGCACAAGCGUGUGUGUCCAUGUCAGGAUGAGAUCGCAAGCAGGUGCGACUGUGAAUUGGUGUUGGGAUGUAAGCGUGUAUGCAUCUGUACUGUGGGCCUUUCCAGUGUUAAUGCAAUCAUCGAGAGACAGACAGAGAGACUUGGACAGAGAGACAGUGUGAGUAGAGACAGGGUAUCAGGGAAGGUCUGGGUGGUUUUUUUUGGAUCUCGGCCAGCUCCCCCGGAUUGGUUGACUGCUGGGUGCGAGCUUGUUGGACAGGAUGCUUCUUCUUGGGACAAGGCCUGAGCCAGACUGACCUAACGACCUGACCUGAAACCUGCUCAACCACGUGUGUGGAAAGGGAGGAGUUCGCAUCACAUAAGGGACAAACAGGAGUGAUUGUCAAAAGAAAGCGAUUAUUUUUUUAAAUGAGAUAAUUGAGUGGGUAAAGGGGCAUUUUAAGCCUUGCUGUUUCAUGUUGUAAGAAGUGGGAGAGUAAGAGAGAGAGAGAAAGAGUCUGUUUUGUUUUUUUCCGGAGCGCCACCGCUGCCGUUACUUUUACAUGAAGUCCAACCCUUGCAUCAGUCUUUUGAGUUCUACUGUUAAGUGUUUUAUUUAUUACGGGGCUGCUAUUUUCAUAAAUGAACAAUUUCACGAAACCUGCUUAACAGUAGCCCGUUGACUUGUUUCCUCUUUUCUUUUACAGUGUUUCAAACGAUAGGCCACACCUCCAGGGGGGCAAUGCUUUCUAUGAAAUUGUAAAAAAAAAAAAAAAGUAGGCAAAAAUAAA